GGGCACGAGCUUCGUCAUCCAGCAUUGGGUACGAAUGCGCGUGCGACUGAGCCACCGCAACAGUAACGUCCCUGCACCACAUCCACUAUGUCGCACGACCAAAAUGGAGCAUCUGCACCAAACGCAGAAGCUGAUUUCGCCGAGGCAAUGAAGGAGCUUGCUCGAGGCGAACGAACCGCAUCUGCACUGGAGAGCCAUCUGGACUCGCUGGAGAAGAAGAUUGAAGAGCUUCUGGCGCAGGCUGAGAAAGCUGAGAAGGACAUGCAGACCGGUGCCUCGACGAGCGAGAAGCCUUCUUCCCAGGGUCAACCUGAGAGCUCAUAAAGCAGUGUCCACUGCUCGAAGCUAGCAGCAUAGAUAAGAGGCAGACAAACAAGAGCUAUUCUCUGCCAAGCAGUGCGCCUCAACAAGCUACACAGCUCCCGGCCUAGGCAGUCCAGCGAGCCCAACGUAACGAUACCCACGAGUUCGAUGAUCACAAUGAUCAGGUGCAUGUAAGCGGACGGAUAAUGGAGGGAAAUGGUUAGGAGCUUGACACUGUCGUUUCAGAACAACAGUGCACUUUGUCUAUAUUGGGUAUCUAUAUACUCGCAUCUCCACAAAUCCAUCUACAAGCCUCCAAUCGUCGAGGGCUUCACCUCUGAACCCUUGGCCUGGAAAGCCUCCUCCAAAUGGAAAAUGCCUUCGCUGUCCUUCUCGAAUACGCCCACCUCGGUGAUGAUACCAUCAAUGAGCUCGGCAGGGGUAACAUCGAA